UUUUUGGAGUCUGGAGUUUGGGGUUUGAGUCGUAAUCCAUCAAGGAACAAAUUUCAAAACCUUUAAACUAUGGGUGUCUCUUUACAAAAGGAAUCCCAACGUCAAGAUAUUGUAUCGCCAGGCUAUCUGAAUGUCAGUCAGGUUGAAGACAGAGGAAGUAUUAGAUCUGGAAUGGCUACCGCAGCUAUCAAAGAUGAUCAAGUCAUAACAAAUGAUGAAGUCAAACCUGUGGCUACACAAAACAUGCUCCAGAUAAACUAUAGUUCAGUCACCCCAGUCAGCCUAGUCAAUCAGGAUUCUGGGCACAACACUAACAAUGACUCUACCCCCUCUGGAAAAGAGAAAUUUGAAGCAGCUUACUACAGUCCUGAGAUGUUCAACUUCUUCGAGAUACAACUUCAUCAAAAUGAUUUACUCAGUACCACAGCUGCAACAGCUUCAGCUGAUUCAUUUGUUUCAUUCCCACUUCUGCCCAUCGAACUGCAAAGAAAGAUUUGGUUCUAUGCUUUGCCACCACCAGACAGUAACGUCUGGGCUCUGGCCUACGUAAGAUUUUGCGACAAUUAUACCAAGGCUGCGAUUUCUAUCGAAAAUGUUGCUUCGUCAAUCAGUCGCAAUGCAUUGCUAUUCCCAUAUGCUCUACAAUCUGUAUGCCGUAUGGCAAGAGAGAUAUUCUUGAAGCACUAUAGUCAAUUCAAAUUCGAUGGUAUCAAUAAGAAAAUCCGUCAUCCUGAAGAUGAGGAUGGCGAUGAUUACCGAGAGGUGACAGUGAUAGCAAAAUCCGGUAUAUGGUUUGAUACGGAGGUGGAUACCUUACAUCUCACAAACAUGUAUCUGCUUCCAAUUUAUACGUAUGAUUACAAAGUUUCUUUGGACUUGACAGGCCUGAGAUCUUUGAUUGUAGAUUUUAUAAGUAUGCAAUGGGUAUGUGAUACCGAACAAGAUAUGGAAAUAUUCUGGACAGGAUUAGAAGACCAUUGUCCUAUACUCGAACGUCUCAUCAUUGUACUCAAUCCUGUCCGUAAAUUCCCGCGUGUUCAGCGAGCAUUCGAUGGAACUUCCCCCGAAUAUCGAUUUCAGGACUUUAAUGAGGCGUUUAUUGAACAAUUGUGACACGGCUAGUAGGUUCAACUACGCAUUCAGUCGGAUGAGCUUGAGCAGGAUAUCCAGAUGAGUCGCGCAUUGUGGGAAGCUCGUGGUCCGAAGACAAUGCAGGUUAACAUGGAUUAAUGGAAAAAGAUUGAUCUCAGGACAGUUUGGAUGGUUUAUAUUACUUCAUUUUAUGUUGAUCAUUUCAGUAGGGAAGUAUUUCCGGGGCCCCUUAUGGCGGUUCAAACACAGGGGUUCCCGACGCUUUUUAUAAGAUGUAAUGAGGAUGGAUCGUUGCUCGAUGAAUUUGACCACUUCAAGGAGCUUUUCGAUGAGGAAGACGAGAAUAUCAUAGAACCCUUCGAGGAACGUCUCAUUGUUAUUGGUGACGACUAAGCUCUUUGUAUUUUCUUGCUUCUGGAGGGGUAAUAAUUUUGCGUGGAAGUUGCAGGGAGAUCCAAGAUAUUUUCAACACGCCAUCGUUUCCUUCGCGACACCCGAUACCCAUAAUCACCAAGCUUCAGUAGGUAGGGUCACAUUUCCUCUGGAUAUACGAGACUUCUGAGGUUAUUUGGACCGGUGCACUCUGGGGCUGCGAAAAUUACCUUUCCGGGGCGGAUAACAAAGUCUUCACAUGUAUCUUUUUGCUCUAUAUCCUGCUAUAGAUGAUAAUGAUUAAUUGGGAGAUUGUAGAUUGAAUGAGGGAAGGACUUUUAGGUAGCCUAUUCUUAGUCAAUUCAGCUACAAAAUAAUAAAUCCAUUGAAAAUCAAGCAACAUAUAUCAUGCUUGUGAAUAU